GUCGAAACUAGGUUAGAGCGAGCCGCAGAGCAGGGCAGAACUUGAAAGAGGAGUAGCCACUGCGUUAUCGUUUCAGACGUGCAUUUUCUUUAACCGCAACUGCAAGGGGCUGAGAGAAAGUAAAUAACAGAGACACGUCGUUGCUUUUUAUUCACUUGUAAGGUCAGCGCGCAUGAAGAAAGAAUAGAAAAAUCCAUAUGAGGAUUCGUUGUUGUGACAGUUUUCAGCUGCUCCGGUUUGGAGCGAAUAAGUGCGCGUUGCUUUCAGCAUUUCUUGGUUUCGUUUCCACCUGGACUUUUAUGACCCGAAGAGUUGGCUAGACCUCACCGCAGAUAUGAGAGCUCAAAUAGAAGUAAUACCUUGUAAAAUUUGUGGGGACAAAUCGUCAGGGAUUCACUAUGGUGUCAUCACCUGUGAAGGCUGCAAGGGUUUCUUUCGGCGCAGCCAGCAGAACAAUGCUAUGUACUCCUGCUCGCGACAGAGGAACUGCCUAAUCGACCGGACCAAUCGUAAUCGCUGUCAGCACUGCAGGCUGCAGAAGUGUCUCGCUCUCGGCAUGAGCCGUGAUGCCGUGAAGUUUGGUCGAAUGUCUAAAAAGCAGCGUGACAGCCUGUAUGCAGAGGUCCAGAAACACCAACAGUCCCAGGAGUGUGCAGGAGUUGGUGCCCGUGAGGAGAAGAGUGACAUGAAUGACCACGGCCGUACCUACAGAAGAGGCUCCAGUGCUACACUCAGUGAUCUGGACGACAUUACAACACUGCCAGAGGGGCUGCUUUUUGACCUGCCACUGACCCCAGAGGAUGCAGGUGGAGAGUACUGUAACCUGGACAUGAUGGGUGGAAGUGCAGGCAGUGGCUCAUCCUCUCAGAGUUCACCAGAACAGACCAGCUUGGAUUUUGGUGAUGGAAACCACAGUAUCAAACAUGAGUAUCAGCUGUUGCGUGACUCUGGACUCUUCUCACAUGCCAUCUUCAAUCCACUGCCUGAAGGUUGCUCCCUACUUGACAUAGAGCGUAUUACCCAGAAUGUGGUGAAGUCCCAUAUCGAGACAAGCCCGUACAGCUCAGAGGAGCUAAAGAGAAUGGCAUGGACCUUGUAUAGCCCAGAAGAGACCCGCUCAUACCAGACCAAGUCAGCUGAGGUGAUGUGGCAACAAUGUGCCAUUCACAUCACCAAUGCAAUACAGUAUGUGGUGGAGUUUGCUAAGCGUAUCUCUGGCUUCAUGGACCUCUGUCAGAAUGAUCAGAUUAUCCUCCUCAAAGCAGGCUGCAUGGAUGUCCUUCUCAUCCGUAUGUGUCGGGCCUACAACCCCAUCAAUAAUACAAUGCUUUUUGAUGGAAAGUUUGCGACGCCUCAGCUUUUCAAAGCUCUUGGCUGUGAUGACCUUGUGAAUGCAGUGUUUGACUUAGCUAAAAGCCUGAGCCGUACACAGAUGUCUGACGAGGAGAUUGCGCUUUUCAGUGCUGCUGUCCUGCUCUCACCAGACCGACCCUGGCUGACAGAUGUUCAGAAGAUCCAGAAGUUGCAAGAGAAAGUUUAUGUGGCUCUGCAGCGCUGCCUACAGAAAGAAGGCACAUCAGAAGAGAAACUAGCUAAGAUGGUGUCUAAGCUUCCUACAAUGAGGUCCAUUUGCAACCUUCACAUUGACAAACUGGAGUUUUUCCGUCUGGUUCACCCAGAGACAGCAUAUACUUUUCCUCCUCUGUACAGGGAGGUUUUUGGCAGUGAAAUCACCUUCCCAGACUCCACAGAGGGCUAGGGCUAUUUAGCUAAGUAGUGCGACUCAAGUAGUGACAUUGAGGUGUAGGGAGAGGAAGAUUAAAAUGUGGCAACCAGCUGAAGGAAAACCAACCAGCAGCUCAAUGACAAUCCUGCAUGCUACACUUUAGCACACACUCCUCUCACCUCUGAACUCCCAAUCCUGUGGAAUGGCUUUCACUGCCCUGCAAGCCAGUCCUUUAAACCCAACACUACAGGAACUGCUGCUGGGUAAUCUGUGCACAUUACCUCCUUUUUAGGGAGUUAAGGAAAUGAUUAAAAAGUAGCCUACAUUCUUUAUAUUCUCAAAAUUAUUUUUCUAUAAGAAGACCUUAAACCUCUUGUUAGGCUGAAUUCCUUUCUAAUAAAUUUGACUCUUGCCGCUCCCACAGUUCCUGUAAGCUACUGUUGAAUGUACCCCCUGUUCCUUUAACCAUUCAGCACAGCCCUAGGCUUAAUAUAGAAUGUACAUACUUAAAAUCCUCACCUACUUUGUGGAGAUUUGCAGUAAUGAGGCCUGUAUCUGUCAGUCUAGUAACAGCUAAUUGUUUCAUUAAGUAUUUUUGGUAGCACCCAUAUUUUGCAGUUUUCUAACAUAUGAACAAACUGUUUAAAGGGACCAUGAUCAAACUCACAAGCAGACAAAAACUGUGUGAAUCAUGGGCAACCAUUUAGCAUUUCUGUCGCCAUGCACUUACAAAGUCUUGCACAUGGAGCACAAAACUUAGCACUUAUGCUGAAAUUGUUGUAGGUGUUUUUUAGUAGCACACCCGCAGACACUGAUAUAAUUGAUAUUUUUUUUUUCUUUUUCUUUUUUUUUAAUGUAAUCAAUGACCUCAAUCCUGUUACCUUUUCCCUUUGCAAAUGCCACUUAGAGAGUGAGAGAAACACAGAGGUAUGAGAGAAAUGUAAAAAUUUAACUAGCACUUCUUAGAAUCAAAAAUGACCUCUUGGCACAAGAUGUUACGGGUUUGCACUCAAACUGCCAUCUGUGAAACUUAAGUUCAGCCAGUCAGAAAUAGUAAAUACACCCUCCCACUGUAGAUAAGCUGUAUCACAAAGGUGCUCGGAGUCCAAUUCCUGAAGGGUUGUCUUUCGCCAGGAGGAUCAUUAUCGCACCUCAGCCUCCUCUGUACAAGCAUGCCAGUGCCCAAACCUCCAGCACUGUCACAACCAGCAGAUUCAAAAGACUUAAAGGGAUUAAAGAAAUCUCUUGAAUGUGACAUUUAACUGUAUCACCACCAAUAUGAUUAAAUGAGGGGACAGAUGGAUGGUGGUGUUAUUUAAGCUCUUCAGACAUAAGUAAAAGAAGAUUUCCUUUCUGCGCCAGUUCUCGCUGCUUUGGGGUCAGGCAGAUUUUGCUGCCGUAGGCAGCCAAGGUAUUUUGAUUAGAGAGUUCAAUAUUUUGUUUCUUAUUCUCCACUCCUUUACUACCUCACCCUCUUCAAAUACUACAUGGCACAGCAAAGGGUUGACAGAGCCAUCAGCUACCCCCCUGAGUUAAUAUUUCUGCUUCAUAUUUGAACUUAACAAUUAGAACAAUUUGAAAACCAGUGGUGACUAUUUUAAAAUGUACUGGUUUUUUUUGUUUGUUUGUUUUGGUUUGUUUGUUUUUGCUUAAGCCUGGACAGGAAAUAAGUACAGAUGACAUGCUGGAUGUACUUCUACUGAGGACAUCCUGUCUGAUUGUGAGAGCAACUCAUGCCUUUAGGUCCAGGAAGUCCUGGAUAGAUACAGAUCUAUCUUAAAGACUGGAGACAUACUCUGCAGACGGGGUGUGUGUCUAGAUUUUUUUCUUCAAAGUAGGGGAAUGUAUUGGACUUCUUUAAAAACAAAGGAUUAUUCAUUCUGCCAAUAUCCUAAACAGGCUGUGGUGAAAAAAAAUGCUGUAAUUAGCAAAGUCAUUACUAUAGUUUCUGUCUUGAGCAUUUUAAGACAAUCACAUGACAGAUGUUGGAUGUCUGCUUUUGUGUAAAAAAUAUAAAUCAGGUUUGCUUUGCUCUGCACUGCUGGGACAGUGCUGUUUGCCAUACACUAUAUUUUAUCAGAUAGUAUGAAGGGGGUAUCACUAUUGUCUUGGUACUUAAGACAGUGGCAUUAUGGGAUUGUGCAAUGUUGUCUUUCCCAUUGUUCUCAGUACAUUGAGCUGUUAUUGCCAUGUACUAUAGCUAAUAUUUUUAUAAGCACUUCAGCACAGUUGACCUUGCAGCAAGACAAGUAACACUAAUUUAUAAUGUACCAAAUACACAGCCAACUUCUUUUCAGAUCAGCUGAAAAUGGCCGAAUGACAUUUAGAGAUUGUAACAAAGUGCAAUACUUUGUGUGUCAAGCCUGAGAAUGCUAGACAUGCUGAUUUUACAAGAUUGAGUAUACUUUGUAACCUUGCAGGCUUAAAAUCUGUCCAGGGGGCAGUACUUAUGCUCUGCACUUACAUUUCCAUUUAGAGUCACUCAGGGAGAUAGCUGGGCUCUCUGUCCUACAGUGUCUGCAGUCAGUCUAGCUAGCAAGACACCUUGCACCAACAUAGAAGACCUUUAAACCUUGAUCACUGUGUACAGUACAUGUUCUUGUGAAUGUUUGAUUACAAAAGUAUCAAAGAUUUUACCCCUGUCUAAUAUCAUUAUUGCAAGACUUCUUUUUUUGUUUGUUUGUUUGUUUGAGUUGUAGAUUAAAUAGGAUAUAUAUAUAUAUAAAUAAAUAAAUAAAUAUAAAAGAUGGAUUAUAAUCUCUGAAUCUUGUGUUGGUUUUGUUGUGAUCUUUUGUUUCUGAAUUUUUAUCCUUUUAUGUACUGUUUUUUUUUUUUCUUCUUCUUCUCAUCAGUUUAGUGUCCUUUUGUCUUGGAGAGAUGUAAUUCUAUUUUUUUUAAAGAGCGUUUUUAAAGAUGUCACCCUAAAGGUUUCUCUUUUGUCAUGAUCCUUCUGUUUAUGAUAUUUUCACUCUAUUUUAAGAUUAUAAUUAUAAAUCAAUAUAGAUUUUAAUAUGGAAUAAUUUAUAUGUCAUGAAUAUAAAGCCCAACAGGGCUUAACACAGUGAAGUGUUAUUGCACAAUAGUGAUACUAUAUGUGGAUUUAAGAAUGUAAUAAAAGUGUUUUUACAAUUAAAA